AAUUUUCACACUUUGUUUUGUCUCAAGCAAGAAAAUACCGCGGUUUUUGCGCUUAUUGUUUGCUUGUUUAAUUGAUUCCUUGUUCACUGGUUCAGGACCAUUGUUCAAAGUUAGAAUAGAUUUGUUUUGGCGGUCUUUAUAAAUGUCUGGACAUUUUGGUAGCUCACACAAACAAGCUGACAUAAGCAACAACACGAUAUAUUCACCAAGAGAAAAUACUUUUCAAGAAAAAUGAAAUUGCAAUUGAUAAUUAACUUGCUCGUCAUUCUGAACUCCUCCACUGGCCAAAAACUUACCGCGAAGCUGAUUCUACAACAAGAGAGCCUCGAAACAUUAAAGAACAGUAUCCUGUACGCCUCGAACUCCGCCGAAAGAGAAUGCCGACAGCAAUUUAAAGCCAGUAAAUGGAACUGCUCUUCUGUGUGGGCCCGUCCAAUAAAGAUGAGAGACCCUAUGUAUAUGAUCCGACGAUUAGGUAAUUACGACGUUGUAUACAAGACGCAAUGCUGUAACGGUAGAAAAUGCUCUAACAGAGAGACAGCCUUCGUACACAGUAUAAAUGCCGCAGCCGUCACGUAUUUCUUAACCAGGGACUGUAGGAGAGGCAUCUUUAGGAAUUGCGCGUGUGUGCGACAGACGGGCCAAGCUGGAGAAUGGCGGGGGUGCAACGACAAUGUCAAGUUUGGUGAAGUGCUUUCCAAACACUUCCUAAACGCCCGCCAUGUGGACAAGCGCAAGGCCAGAGCGGUCAUCCAUUUGCACAACAACGCUGUUGGGCGCAAAGCUGUUAAGAAGACUUUAAAGCAACAGUGCAAGUGCCACGGCGUGUCCGGCGGAUGUUCGAGCAAAAGCUGCUGAAAAACACUGCCACUGUUUUCCGAAAUAGGAGACUACCUUAAAGCAAAGUACCAACAAGCUCAAAAAGUCCGUCUGCAUACCAACAAGCUUGUUUUGAAACUUCCUUCCCGUGUGUUUGCACCGCUGACCAAAAAAGCCCGUCGCAGCCUGGUCUUCCUAAAACCCUCUCCAGACUACUGUCACCGCGACACAAAGAAAGGGUCAACCGGUGUGCUAGGUCGAGAAUGUAGCAGCGAUAGCCCAAAUUACUUGGAGUGCAUUCAGAUGUGUACGUCUUGUGAUUAUCGAGUGGAGAAAAAGUUAGCCGUCAGAAGUAGCAAAUGUAACUGUAAGUUUGUCUGGUGUUGUGACAUCAAGUGUAGCGAGUGCAAGAAAUUGGUUGCUGUUACGAAAUGUGUGCGCUAAUUGAAUAUAUCUCAGAGAAAAAAUAAUUGUAUCCUAUCUCCUUCUAAAGUAUACGUCACAACUUAGAAUAUGUACAUAGUCAGAACGAUAUGGAAUGUUGUAAAUAAAAUGUCCUG